GAGUUUCCCCAGUUAAGCUUUUCUAUUAACAAAUGGCAACAACUUUCUUGCUUAUGUUUUUUUUCUUCUUUCUGCUCAUAAAAUGGGGGCUUAGUUUGUUAGUGAAUUUCUGUUCGGUUAAGGAUUUUCAGAAAGUAGUGUGCUGUUUUGGUUUAACUAUGGAAUAUUUUUAAGCAGGUUUUUUGAACAUUGUAAUUAGUUUAUAUAUUUUAUUUUUUUUAUUUUGUUUUUGUAUUUUAUAUUCUCUCCUUCUGAACUUUUUGCAAAAUCUUUGGGAUACAGCGAGAGCAAAGUUUAGACAUUUGAAGUGCUCUCUCUACAGAAAAGGUUUUGUAUUUUUGUGAUUUCCGGAGCUGGUACCCCCUGACGACGUCAACUUCGGACGUCAUUAUUAUAUUUUUCAUUAUUUUCAUUGUUUUCUUCUUUAAAAUUUUCUAUUGGUUUCAAUUUACUUAUGGAAUUUUUACUGCUUUUCUUUGGAAUUGUAGUAUUUAUCAGCUUUAUACAGUUGAUUCUUAUUUGUUUUUGAUUUCUUAUUUUAUUACCAUAAAUUGAGAGUUUUUUUUGUUUAUUACAUGCCAAUUUUAAAAAUUUAUUUUGAUUUCAUAAUUGCUGUUUUUACUUUUAAAGUUAAUUUUUUUAAAAUGUACUUAUUUUAAUUAGGAAAGAAAAUACUGCUCUUAAAGCAAAUGUUUGUCCAAAUACAAUCAGUUAUACCAAACGCAGUGGAUACAACGAUCUUCCAGCCGGAUUUCUUGCCAAAGCUAAAGUCAAGAAUUGCAAUCGUUGUCAUCAGUAGACUUGUUUAUAGAAAAGGAAUAGAUCUACUUGCAGAAGUGAUUCCACAAAUUUGUUCCAGAUACCCCGAUGUAGAUUUUAUA